AUGAAUCCAUUAUCAUCAUCGAUGGCGCCAGUAUUUGCUGAUUAUCAACAACGAAGUACAAAUUUACGUUCAAAAAUUUUAAAAAAUGAAGAACAACGUAUGCAACUUGAACAAAAAUUACGUUCAAUGUCGACUAAUAAUAAUUCACGUUCAUAUCAACGUAAACAAAUUCAACAUAUUCAAACAUAUUUUACACGUCUUAAUGAUGAAUCACAACGAGCUGAACAACGUAAUUUAAAAUUACUUAAUGAUUUAUCACAUGCUCAACAAAAUUUAGAUAAAUUACAUUAUGAUGCUGAACAUUUAAUACGUUUAAAAAAUGAUUAUCUAACUUAUCUAGAAACAAAUUAUCCAAAUUGGCAAAAACCAACAUCAACUCAAGCGAGUAUAAAUAUUAAUACAAGUACUGAAUAUGAUCGUUUAGCUCAAAAUAUAAGACAAAAACAAGAACAAUUAGAAAAUGAUGGAAAUCUUCGACAAAGUGUACCAAUUGUUCGUCAAUCAUAUGAUGUUAAUUCUUCCAUGUUAUUUAAACAUUAUGAAGAUCAACUUAAAAUUGGUUUAGAACGUACAAUAUCUCCAUCAACACCUAUUAUAAAUAAUGAUCUUAAAGAUGAUCAAUCAAUAUCAGAAUCAAAUGAUAUAUCAAAUUCAUCUGUACAUGGUAAACGUAAUGGUUCACUUCGAAUGGAAUUAACUCGUACUGGUCUUUAUUUUUUAUUUGAUUAUAUUGAAAAAGAAUUAAAAGAUACAAUUGAUAAAAAGAAAUUUUAUCGUUUUGAUUCACCAACAAUAACACAGAAACGAACUAUACUUGAUAUAGCCAAUGGACAAGAUAAAUUUGCAUUAAAAGAUCUUGAUGCAGCAACAAUAUCAAUGGUUAUACUUGAUCAAUUACCAUCAACAAUACGUCGUACAACAAUAAAUAAAUGUUUAUUAACAGAAGAUAUACUUUCAGCAAAUAUUCAAGAUUUAAAUAAAGAUAUUAUUGCACAAAUGUUACCUGAACAAGAUCGUUCAUUAUGGUUAAGAUUAAUUGAACAUUUUAUUCAAUUAUUAAAAUUACACAUUAUGGAUUGUCAAACAUUAGUUAAUAAAUUUGCUUUAACAUUUGUUCCACCAAAUCUUGCUUAUGCACAUGAAAAAGCUAAAAGUCUUUUAAAAUAUAUUCUUGAAAAACUUAUUCGUGCACAAUCAUCAAGUUCAGAUGAAGAAUCAUCAUCAUCUCAAGAUAAAAAACAACCUGCUAAUCAAUCAAAUACAGCAAUAUCAUCUUCAUGGUUAAAAAAACUAACAAAUGGCUCGGUAUAUAAUGAUGAUGACGAUGAAGAAGAAUCGACAUCAACAUCAACAACACCAAAAGCAAAUAAAAAUAAUCGUAGUUAUGAUGAACAAGACUUUUUUAGUUGA